AUGGGGACCCCGGAUCGCCCGGAUCUUCGGGCUGCCGAUUCAGCACCGGCUUCGGUGGGGCCUGAAGAUUCAGACCUGGAUGAGGAGCCGGCCAUGGACUCUGAGCACCAGGCUGUUUGUGACGAGAUAUUGGCCCCAAAACAAGCCGUGAGCCAAGAUUUUGAUCCCAGCCCCGUGGAUACUCCAGGCUAA